AUGGAGGAGACAAUGAGUGACGCCCUUGACCCACGCGAGAUGGAGGACCAGGAGCAGGUCGAGCACAAGAUCAUCAACGAAGAGUACAAGAUAUGGAAGAAGAAUAGUGUUUUUCUUUACGACGUCCUCUAUGGCCGUGCGCUCGAAUGGCCAACCCUCACCACACAAUGGCUGCCAGACAAGAAGCCAGUCGAAGGUACCAACAUGAGCCAGCACCGCAUCAUCCUCGGCACCCACACCUCGGGCCAAGCCCAAAACUACCUGCAAAUCGCCCACUGCGAGAUUCCCGACUUCCGCGUCCCAGACCUCUCCGAGCUCAACGAGGAGCGGGGGGAAAUUGGCGGCCACGGCAAUGCCAAGCGGCCAUUUGACUUCAAGAUUGUGCAGAAGAUCAACCACCCGGGCGAAGUCAACAAGGCGCGCUACCAGCCGCAGAACCCCGACAUCAUCGCCUCGCUCUGCGUGGACGGCAAAGUGCUCAUCUUCGACCGGACCAAGCACCCGCUCCAGCCCAAGGGCGACGCCAUCCAAUUCGAAGCCGAGCUCGUGGGACACAGCCAAGAAGGAUUCGGACUCAGCUGGAGCCCGCUGCGCGAAGGCCACCUCGUCACGGGCAACGAGGACACGACGGUCAAGACGUGGGACAUGAAGACGGGCUUCUCAAAGGGCAACAAGACCAUCAGUCCCACGGCCACCUACACGGUCCACAGCGCCACCGUAAAUGACGUCCAAUACCACCCAAUCCACGACUUCCUCAUCGGCACCGCCUCGGACGACCUAACCUGGCAAAUCCUCGACACCCGCAUGGCCACGCACAAGACAGCCCUGUACCGCAAAGAAGCCCACCAAGACGCCGUCAACUGCGUCUCCUUCCACCCGGAAUUCGAAAUGACAAUGGCCUCGGGCUCGGCCGACAAGACCCCUGCAGGGCCACCGCGGCGACGUCAUCGGCCUCCAGUGGCACCCUCAAGAUAG